UAUCUCCAUCUUAGAAACUGGAGUCUUUCUAGCCGGAGUUACAGUCACAGUACUAGUCAGGAUUCUUGUUUUGGAAACAGUUCCAAUCAGUUCCAGUCUUAAAUUAGUAUGAUCGUCUUUCACCGGCUGUCGGCAUUUUUCAUAGCAUUGUCAGUCUUGAUAAUCAGGGGAACCUCUCGAGCGACAUGUCCAAACAACUGGGUCUACCUACAGGGUUCCUGCUACAUGUUUUCCUCUACGCGACUCAAUUGGCACUCGGCCAAAGCUGCCUGUCAAAGACUAGGAUCCAAUCUGGUGUCCAUCGAUUCACAAGCUGAAUAUCAAGCACUUGUCCCAAAGACAGUUCGGACUACAUACUGGAUUGGUUUACACAGGGAUCCUCAGCAAAAGUCCCGUUGGAUGUGGGUGGAUGGAUCCCGUGCAACCUUCACAGCUUGGAGAGCUGGCGAACCCAAUAACUGGUUGGGAACAGCAGAAGAUUGUGCAGAAAUGUAUGUAACAUGGAAUGACUUGGCAUGCAGAUACCCGGGUUAUUACAUCUGCGAAACUAAACCAAUGAACGUGUUGUAUCCUCCUGUGCCAGCGACAUGUCCAAACAACUGGAUCAACCUACAAGGUUCCUGCUACAUGUUCUCCUCUACGCGACUCAAUUGGCACUCGGCCAAAGCUGCCUGUCAAAGACUAGGAUCCAAUCUGGUGUCCAUCAAUUCCCAAGCUGAAUAUCAAGCACUUGUCCCAAAGACAGUUCGGACUACAUACUGGAUUGGUUUGUACAGGGAUCCCGCGAAUAAGUCCCUUUGGCUUUGGGUGGAUGGAUCCCGUGCAACCUUUACGGCCUGGAGAGCUGGCGAACCUAAUAACUGGUUGGGAACAGCAGAAGAUUGUGCAGAAAUGUAUGUAACAUGGAACGACUUGGCAUGUACAUACCCCGGUAAUUACAUCUGCGAAACUUAUCCAAGGUAUACCUGAACCUUAUGGCAUGCGGAAUACAGUUCUUUGUUGUACUAGCAUUUAAUAUAGUUAUUUAGAAUAAUGGUGAAUUCUUUGACGUGUUGUGACUUUCAUUUGAUCGUCAACUUGAACUUAUUGGAUUUCUAAUUAGAAAGACUACUAGUACAGUAAACCCACUCAUUAAACCUUUUUAUUGCAAUGUUAGACUACUUAGGAAUUUAAAUCCGUAGUUCUUAUUUUUAACGCACGCUGCAUAAAGAUUUCUAUUAUAUAAUGAAAAUGAAUUCCGAGCAAAUGCCUUAGUUUCUGUGCUACUGUGACCACAGCAACUUGUAGGAAUAGACAAACUGACAAGCUUAAGGGUGACACAUCACCAAACUCUCCUAGCUAAUUUUUAAGGCCGGAAAAGAGAAUUAGGGAAAAAAUCUUUGGACAUAAGGGAUAAACUGCUGAUCCGUGUUACCUCGAAAAUAAGACUCCAGAUCAGGCUCUGAGAUCAGGUAGCAAUUACAGACUUAAAACAUAGUAUGACACGUCCCACCGACCGGCAACUACAAAAUCAACAUGGUGGUUGUACGCUACACGAGAAGUGUGUCACUAUUUUUUUUCAUUGUACUGACAUUACGAAGAUGUAAUUCAAGUAUCUUUUGCUUAGUGAUAAUUUGUUUAAUCAUGAUUUUAGCUUUAGUUUUUUUUAGUUUGGCAGAAGUUUAAGUAGAUUUUCUCCGAGAUGAGUUUACUUGCAAGUGAUUGUCUCACAUGAAUACUUGUCUCUUAUUGUACAAAUACUAAAAUACCGAGUUUUGUUAUGUAAUUAAAACAAUGGUAUUUGCUUUGA